AUGUCAUUCGGGUGGUCUGCUGGAGAUAUUGUGACCGCGAUCAAGUCGGUACGUGAGGUCUAUCAGGCGCUUGAUAGCCUCGAUGGCGCCCCCAAAGAUUUCCAAGCUACCUAUUAUUUCCUCCGAGACCUCUCUCAUACACUCCUUUCUUUACAGAACCUGGACAGCGUCCUGGGCAAUCAGCCAGAACCAGAGUACUUCAAAGACAUCAGAGACCAAGUCAACUUCAUUAGAGGUCCUGUCGAAGAAUUUCGGCUUGCGAUAUCCAAGUACAAGACCAGCCUUGGCUUCCAAGCCAAACAUGGCCAUCACCGAAGCAUUAUACCAAAACUCAGAUGGCACUUUUCGAUGUCGAAAGAUGUGAUGAAAUUGAAACAGAGCAUUGGCGAUCGUUUGCCAGUCGUCAGCAUGCUUCUACAACGUUUCACACUGGAUACGGUUACAGCACUGCAGAGAACCCUCCCUGAUACCUGGAGGAGGACUUUCGAGGACCCUGUUCGCCCGGAGCUUGUCAGUCUAUUGCGCGAAGAAAUCUCUGGCACGGCUGGCCUGUUCGACCUAGACAGGGAGAAAUGGUCAGUACCGCUGCAGGACCUUAAUGAUCAAGUCAAAGGGGUGAAGAAGAUUGCCGAUGAGCUCAAGACAACUCAACUGGAGCUCAAGUCGGUUUUGGGGACCGGCGCUAUUGAUAACAGUCCAGUUUCUAGGAAUGGGAUUGAUAGCACUGGAAAUGAAUGUCUUUUCCAAGCGAACGGCAUUGCCAGGGCGCAGCACGACACAGAGACUUUGAGAGAAGUAUACUAUGCUGUUUGCCUCUACAUCGGCCAGUGUCUAAGGAACUUCUUCAUCUUCCUGGCGCGGAGUAUUCAACCGUCCAAGUGCCUGUCACCCGUUCUAAUCGCCAAGUAUAACAUCACUUUUCUCGAUGCCAUGGGAAGUCCCCCAAAAGUAUUGCCAUACGAGUAUUUCCAAAAUUACAAGUUACUCCACACAUUCAUACGAGAGCAAUUUCGGGGCAUACCAAUUGUCGACAGAGGCAGAUACCUCAUAUCCAGCGUGGCGAAUAACCGCUUUUUGGAUCAGGGCAACUGGCGCCGCUACAUUGCUCCUGGAAGUAAAAUUGCAAUGUCUGCACUGGUACGCGACCGUGCGGAGAAAAGUUUUCCGACAGAGACAGGCCGCGAGCAUUGUCCUGAACCGGCGUGCCCUGGAUUUCUGCCAAAGGUCACGUAUGGCGCUUGGGUCACAUGCACUCUAUGCGGAAAGCAGGUCUAUGGCACCCAAAUAGACUUUGAAGAUGCCAAAUAUUCCCAGGCAGCAUGGCGCCGGUCUAUCGACGAUAUUGAUCAAAUAGUUGAUCGUCGGCGCGGGGAAAGGAAAAGCUAUGAGCGUCAACAAAAAUCCCAGACAGACAGUAGUGAUGCUGCAGAUGAGUUCUCAGAUGAUAUUGCAGAUUCUGACGAAGAAGACACUUCGAUUUUCACCAGAUUGGUGCGAGAGACUCGCAUUGACUCGUCAUCCUCAUUCUAUUCACCUUUUGACAUUGCUUACGUUAGAGACAAGUUUCCAAGUGCUUCCCAGAAGAUCCAUGAAAAAUUGGGUAGGGAAAAUACGUUGAGGCGUGGGCGAAUGAAGAAAUGGUUCGCGAUACACCAGAAUGCUUCCAUGGCCUACAGACGUAUGCAAGGCAAAGAGAAUGACCAAGAGCGCUCAAAUAUUCCGAAGGUUGGGUCACCAGUCAGGACAGAAAAGAGCGAUAAAGGAAAUGCCACUUCCUAUGCCACAGAAAUCUUCAGAACUCGAGUGCCUCCUUUGAGCGCGAAGUAUUAUGGUGGCACGCCAUUUGAGUGCCAAAUUUGUUUCCAAGUGAUCACAGUAAAAUCCAGAGUUCAUUGGAAAAAGCACGUGUUUCAAGACCUUCGGCCAUACGUGUGCCUCGUACCCAAUUGUAUCAACGGCCAAACAUUCGCGUCUCGCUCUGACUUGAAGGGCCACUACAAUCAGUCUCACGAGUACGCCCAAGACGGCGAAUGUCCUCUUUGCCACGAGCAAUACCAUACGACGAAAAUGGCGCAUAUGGCGCAUAUGGCUGUGCAUAUGGAGCAUAUUGCCUUAUUCACGCUCCCUUCCGGCUUUCUUGGAACCUAUGAAGAUGACAAUGGUAUUUAUGAUGAUGAUUCCUAA